GUUAAAAACUGUACGGCGGCGUCGCGUUCCCUCCCCUCAUUUCAUCCUUCUCCACUCUCUCUCGUCUCUCCCCCACCUCCUCUCCUUUUGCCCCGCCUCGCUUCCCCUCGUCGAGACCCCAUCGUACCGCCGCCGCCGCCGCCGCGGCCGAUCCGACCCGGCCUCAGCUCGGGAUACCCCACCGGCCACCGCCUCCUCCUCCGAAGGCUGGGCGCGUCGUCGUCUGCGGCAAGGGCGGCGGAUUGGGCGCGCGACGGAACGGGCCUGAGGACGUGGUUGAGUUGAAUACGGCGGCCAGGGGAAGGACGUGAUGCCGGGGGCUGCGUCGGCGUCGGGAUCGGGGAUCUGGUCUCGGCGGCGGGACGAGAUCACGUUCGAUCGCCUCCAGAAGUUCUGGAAUGAUUUGCCUCCUCAAGCACGGCAGGAUCUCCUCAAAUUGGAUAAGCAAACUCUCAUUGAGCAAGCACGCAAGAAUUUCUACUGCUCAAGAUGCAAUGGGCUACUUUUGGAAAGUUUCGCACAAAUAGUUAUGUAUGGCAAGUCACUGCAGCAAGAAGCUUCAGAUAUUGGUCGUCUGAGCACAACUGCUGAGUCAAGGAUUAUGCUAGCGGAACAUGAUGGGGCUCAGGACCCAUCAGUUCAUCCUUGGGGAGGUCUUUCAACAACAAAGGAUGGCAUCCUUACAGUUCUUGACUGCUUUAUAAAAGCAAAGUCACUACUGGUUCUUCAGAAUGUAUUUGACAAUGCACGAGCAAGAGAAAGGGAACGGGAAAUGCUUUAUCCUGAUGCCUGUGGUGCAGGUGGCAGAGGAUGGAUUAGCCAAGGGAUGGCUAGUUAUAGCAGGGGGUAUGGAACAAGAGAAAUGUGUGCUCUGCACACUGCUCACCUCUCAUGUGAUACGCUGGUGGAUUUCUGGUCGGCGCUAGGUGAAGAAACUAGAUCAUCUCUUCUGCGGAUGAAGGAGGAAGAUUUCAUUGAAAAACUUAUGUACAGGUUUGAAAGCAAGAGAUUUUGCCGAGAGUGCCGAAAGAAUGUUAUCCGUGAAUUCAAAGAGCUGAAGGAACUAAAGCGCAUGCGAUGGGAACCUCGCUGCACCAGUUGGUUUUGUGUUGCAGAUACUGCUUUUCGAUGUGAGGUGUUUGAGGAUGCUGUCAUAGUUGAUUGGCGCCAAUCUUUAUCAUGGGCAGAUGGAUCUUAUCAUCACUUUGAAUGGGCUAUUGGGACAGAUGAAGGAGAAUCUGAUGUUUUUGGCUUUGAAGAUGUUGGAAUGAAUUCCCAAGUCCACAGAAAUGGAAUUAAUCUUGAUCAAUUUGAGGACUACUUCAUAACUCUGAGAGCUUGGAGGCUUGAUGGCCACUACACGGAGUUGUGUGUAAAAGCACAUGCCUUGAAGGGUCAAUCAUGUGUCCACCACAGGUUGGUGGUGGGUGAUGGCUUUGUGACGAUUACAAAGGGCGAAAGUAUCAGAAGUUUCUUUGAGCAUGCUGAAGAGGCCGAGGAAGAGGACGAAGAUGAUACCAUGGAUACAGAUGGAAACGAUCUUGAUGGUGAUGGAUCCCAUCCACAGAAGCAUGCCAAGAGCCCUGAACUAGCAAGAGAAUUUCUUUUGGAUGCCGCUGCAGUGAUAUUCAAAGAACAGGUUGAGAAGGCCUUCAGAGAAGGUACAGCAAGGCAAAAUGCACAUAGUGUUUUUAUGUCUCUUGCACUAAAACUUUUGGAAGAACGAGUUCAUGUAGCAUGCAAAGAAAUUAUUACGUUGGAAAAGCAGAAUAAGCUUCUUGAGGAAGAGGAGAAAGAAAAGCGUGAAGAACAAGAGCGUAGGCUGAAGAGGAGAACAAAAGAGAGAGAAAAGAAGCACAGGAGAAAAGAAAGGCUGAAAGAAAAGGGAAAUGAUAAGGGGAAAAGACUAGUUGUAUCAAAAUCGCCAGAUGGUAUUUCAUCGUCAUCUCUAAGCAACUCUUCAACAUCUACUAAUAAUGAUUCAACAAAUACUCUCAACCCAAGACAUUCAGCUAGUGAAGAGGAAGAUAACGUUGAAGUUUCGGAUCUCUGCUCUCCUGACAGACGUACCGAUCAUUCUUCUUCGUGUGGAGAAAUUAAUGGACAAAAUAACGUCCACUGCAAUGCAGUGACAGAAGUUUGUCUAACGGGUAGCAGUGACCUUGGCACAUUAGAGCAAUCAAAAUUUUCUAGACGAAGUCCAAGGUCAAGAAAGGAUUUUCCUCAAGAUCAGUCCGGUUGGUAUGAUGACUACUGCCUAGAUGAAUCUGAAAAAAAUGGUGAUUUACAGUGGCAGUCAAGGGAAAGGACAAGAAAUAGUGAUGGAGCUUGUAACGCAGUAUCUACUACAAAUAAUAGAACAAGAGAUAGGCAUGUGUGCAAUUCUUGUAGCUGUGGCCAUCAGGAAGACUACAGAGAUAUGGACAACUGUUUUGUGUCAACCGUUAGGUCUGGUAGGGAGAUGAAGAUGGCAAGAACAAUAGGAGGUGAGAAGCCUAGGGUGCAGUACCGUAGAUGUUAUCCAUUGGAUAGCUUUAUAGUUUCAAAGAAAAAUGUAAUUCCAAAGCAAGUGUGGGAGCCAAUGAAUGCUCGAAAGAAGACUAACUUAGACAACACAACUAAAGCUUCAGGAUCAAUUUGCAAUGUCGAUCCACUGAAACCAGUGGACUGUGAUACCAGUGGAUGUCAAAAGCUUGGUGACCGAUGUGAACCGCUGCCUCUGAAUUCUGAAAGUUCCAGGGAUAUUUAUAUAUCAGAAACAGAUCAGCCAUGUGAAACAAGUGAGAGAAAUCAAGAUGCUUCUUGUGAUGUAACUCUUGUGGUGAAUAAACAUAAGUGCUACUCGACAAAUGAUGAAGGUUCCAAGCAUGACGAAGAGCCGAUGACGAACUCCGCCAGUUCUGAUAGCUCAUCUUCAUGUAUGACUGAGGGGGAUAGAGAAAGCACCAUGAGCAGUACGACCUCUUGCGCUCAAAAUCCAGAUUCAUCUUCAUCUGACUCAGAGGAAUCUCCCGACAGAAUUAACAGCGCCCUAGAUACUCCACCAUUAAGAACUGCUUCACGGUCUUUACUUGAGACAUGUGCAGGAAACGGUUUCAGAGAAUACCAACCAAAAGCUACACGCCCAGCUCAUAAUGACAGAUUUGGAUUCGGUAUAUCCCCUUUCCAGGAUCAGCUGCUGCAUCAUCGAAGCAUGCAUGUACCUCCACAUUCGUCAGCAACAAUGGGGCUUCACAACCAUUCUUGGGCUGCUCCAACAAAUGGAAACUUCCAGUAUGCCCGGCCUUCCCACUUAUAUUCUAGUCCACUCGUAUUUGGAGUGCCAGGGAACCAAUUUGUUGAUUAUCCGGUACAGUACAGCAAUGUAAAUCCUUACCCGGCAUCAGCCUUUAGUCAUAUGCCUCCAGUGCCCAUUCACAAGGCUGCAGCAAGCUUCAGAGUCAUGCCUCCUCCACCGCCUUGUCAGAAUGGGGCUCAGCAGAUUUCUGCUCAUCCCCAUAGAGCCAUGAAUCUAGAAAUGCACCCUUCUAAGUUGAAGCCGUUGAGCCUGAAGGAUCUCCCAGAAGACAAGAAGAAAUUACAGGACGCCGAUGCGUCCUUCUCUUUGUUCCAAUUCAACCUGCCAAUAGCUUCGCCUGUCCCACCGUCAUCCAUAGAUGAUAAGACAGGAGAAUUGGCGGAAAGGACGCCAUUGACUCAGGUUCAAGCUCAGGUUUGCUCGGGGGAACAGACAGAUGUGAAGGAGUAUAACCUGUUCUCCUCGAAAGAUAGCGGUGUAUUUUCGUUCAUGUAGAUAAAAGGCUGUGAUAGACCUGCUCUCUUUCAUUGCUGCUGCUCAUGUUUAUAGCUGUACUUGCUGAGUGAUUUGUGUUCUCUGAAUGAAAUAAAAGAUGUUGAGAUUUUCCUUUUUCAUCUGUA